CAACUCAACUUCUUUUCCCUCUCUUUUCUGCAGGCAGCCAUGAGCACCAGCCAUACCACACCAGCUUUGCAAGCACCCCUGAGCCCUGGGCCACAGGCCUUGUCCCGAAGCACAUCCAACCUGCUGAGCGAAGGCCAGGCGGUCAAGCCAGAGCUCCGCAAGAGUGCCAGUAGCACUGUCUGUCAGUCCCAGCCAGAAGUGGCCAGCACCAGCCCUGGGGUGCUGGCAGAAGUAGAGCAUCAGACUGAGACCACAGAGCAGCCACAGACCUCCAGCCCCACACCUAGUCCCACAAGCCAUUGGUCGAGCAGCAAUGUGUCAAAUGUGAGCGGUAGUGGCAACUUGUGUCACCGGCGGAACCACAGUGCCAUCACUGUCCAAAGGAGCCAUUCAAACCUCACCCGGAUCAUCCAGACCCGAGGCCCUGGUGGAACUCGAAGGGCCAGUCUCAGCUGUUUGGCUCUUGGAAGCUCGCCGGUCCAUAGGGCUCAGUUACAACCUGGCCAGGAAAGUCAGACUCUUGAUGACAUAGAAAAAGAUCUGGGUGCCAAGGAUGGGACUUCACACUCAGCCUGGACCUUGGGAGACAGUCAGGUGUGUGUGCCACCACUAGACCAGAAAGACACAGACACCCACAACAGCAGCCCCCAGGCAGGGUCCAAAGCCCCUCGGCAGCCGGCUUCCACCUCCAGCCAGGCCAUACACCCAGCAGCUUGUGUCUGUGGCAUGAAGGAGGCAGGGGCUAGUAGCUGCUGCCACAUGCUGCCCAUCCCCAGCGCUCUGGCCUUUCCCAAGCUGGUGGCAUCUGUGAGUGAGUCUGGAUUGCAGACUCAGCAUGGGGCCAAGUUCCAGUAUCUGUUGCCAGGGGGCCUUGCCGGGCACACCCACUGCUGUGCUCACGCCUGGGGUCCCACUGGUUGCAUCAUGGAAUCGGGCACCAGGACCAAGGAUAUGUGUACCAUGACCUCAGCCAGUGACUUGGUACCCCUCCCAACAGCUCAGGAUGCUGGGGUGCAGGUGGCCCCCGUGGCAAUCUGCAAGGCUGUGGCCACCAGCCCACCUCCAGAGGCCCCUCUGGCCUUGAACACCUUCCAGGAGGUGAUUCUGGGGUCUGACCUUUUGGGGUCCAACUUAGAGGAAACACCUUCCCCUGUGCGGGAUGUGCGGUGGGAUGCGGAAGGCAUGACGUGGGAGGUGUAUGGAGCUGCGGUGGACCCUGAAGUCCUAGGUGUGGCCAUCCAGAAGCACCUGGAAAUGCAGUUCGAGCAGCUGCAGCGGGAGUCGGCCAGUGAGGACAGGCUGUCUGUGGAGGGCCGCCGGGGCCCCCUGCGAGCUGUCAUGCAGUCCCUGCGCCGGCCCAGCUGCUGUGGUGGCUGCUCGGGUACAGCCCCUGAGUGAGAAACUGCAGCUUUCAGACAUGGCCUUGAGCAGGGACAUGGAAAAUGAGGGCCUCGGGCUC